CCCUGUCCAUUGGGGGCCCAUUGCCAUCCCUAGCAAUCACACUAAUAACUAGCGAACAAAGGGAAAACAGAAAGAUUGACUUCUAAUAAACUCAUCUCAUUCAGAUGUGCCUUUCUUUCCUUUGCCUUUUGUUUCUCUGUUUUGUAACCCAUCUGAGUCUGAGUUCUCUUUGCUCCAAUUUCAUUUAUUGUUUUUUCCCUCAAUAUUUCUUCCUUCUUUUCACUUAAAUCAUAUCACAUAUACAUCUUAUAACUAUUAAUUUUAUGAAAUUUAAUCUUAUGCUUGAUGAAUCAAUGAAGCCAAUUCCGAUUGAAGCUGCUAAUGGGGGCCGAUGCCAACUCAUCAUCUGUAACAAACUCCACGAAGUAGUUAGUUACACCAGUGGGAUAUAUAAAGUUCUCAGUUCCCUCUUCUUCAACAUUCAUCGUGAAACCUUCAAGCAUUGCUUUCUCUCAUCCAAGAAACGGUUUCAGUGUUUUCAUUUUCUGGUAACAUUCAUUAUCGCUAUUUGCUUUUCGUUUUCAUGACUCCUUAUUGAUGAUGAUGAAUCUUUACGGUAACAUUCAUCAUCAUUAUUUCGUUUUAUGAAUGCUUGUUCAUGAUGCUGAUGAAUCUUCCUUCGUUCCAUUUCAGGUUUUAGGCAUUUUUCAUCUUUACGGUAACAUCGUUUAUUUCGUUUUCGUAUCAUUAUUUCGUUUUCAUGAAUGCUUGUUCAUGAUGCUGAUGAAUCUUCCUUCGUUCGAUUUCAGGUCUUAGGCAUUUUUCAUCUUUACGGACUGUCAACUAUGGAGGGAAGUUCUAAAGGUAAUGAUGCCCCGGGAAAACCUAUUCUCACUAGGAAACGUAGUGCAAGAAAACCCAAAACUACUCUUAUAGAUCCAGUUGCUGGUGGAACUGAACCUGUCAAGAUUUCAAUUGACUCCGGUACUGGGGCUUUGAAUGUUGAUGCUGCUAGUCAGCCGAAAAGUAGGAACAGAAAUGUUACUUUCAAGGAGGGAGGAAGUAGUAGACCAGGGAAGUCACAUGUCCAGGACACUGCAGAAAAUGCAGGAAAUAAACCCCAAGAGGAGGAGGAGAUGCUGCGUGAUUCACUGGUUUUGGUUGAUCCUUUCACUGAAGAGCAGGAGCUGCACCUUAGAGAGGCUGCUAUUGAAUUGAAUUUUAACUGGCAGAAGAUCAAGAAGUCUAAAAAAUAUGCUAAUUUUUUUUUUUAAAUUCACAUCUGAGAUGCUUGGGGUUAAGUAUAUGCAGUUGGUCGAAAAAGAUAAUGAAGAUUCGAAGAAGUCAAAUCCUGGAAGUCCUAGAAAAGAGAAUGCACCUGAAAUUUCUGAUGGUGGCUCAAGCAGUAAGACUCUAACAGAUGAUGGUUCUGUUCAACUGAGAAGAAGUGCAAGAAUAAGCACCUCCAAGAAGGGAAGUGGAGUUGUCACUCCUAAGGGAGCUAAGGGAAGUCGAGUUGUCACUGUUAAGGGAGUUAAGGGAAGUGGAGGCAACAAAGGUAAAAAUCCCAUAGAUUCUAAUUCUAUACCUUGGACUACGGCUGAAGAAGACCAAUUGAGAAUUGCUGCUCUAGAAUACAACUUUGGCUGGGCAGCAAUUAUGAAGUCUGAAAAGUAUUCUAAAGUUUUCAAACAUCGAAAUGUUGAUUUGAUUAGGAUUAAGUGUAUUCAGUUGUUGAAAAAGGACGCCAAGUUGGCAAAGGUGUCUGACAAGAAUAAGCCAUACUUCUUUGUUGGACAAAGCUCCACUAUGAAUAAUUCUGAUGGCUCAGCUGUUAACCCCGUGCUAAAUGCUAUGCUGGAUGGUAACGAACUGAUGAGGAAGAUUCUGAGUAAAGUUACUAUUGCAGUUGAUAUCUUACAAGAGAAGAAGAAAGAGAAGGAAAAGAAAAAGCAGCAGGAGCGAUGUUUCUUACACAAAUAACUCAACUUUACUGUUUCAAUCUGGAGCAUAUUGUCAUUGCAAACUCUGUGUGAUAAUUUUGGUAAAUUGAUACUUAGUACUGUUUGUAAUAAUCUUUUUACUGUGUCCUUGUGCAUUCAAUGCAAUUGUGUCAUUGUGCAGUCAAGUAAUAAUUCUUGAUGGUAACUGAUUUGUACUGUUUGAGGAUAAAUAAAUAACUAUGUCAUUGUGCUGUCAACCAA